ACUUUUAAUGUUAUCAAAUUAGUGAAAAUGUUUGCGGUAAUCAAAAGUUUAACAAAACUUCGGCUUGAUUUCAGACAAGUGCGGCUAAUUGGAAAAUCAAUAACUCAACCAUCUACUUUUAUUUCUACAUCGAUCAGGCAUCUUCAACAAUUUGACAUGACUUACGGAAACGAGAACGGUUAUGGUGGAAAAAGCAGCAGCUACGGCAAUCGCUCUAAUGGAUUUAACUCGAGUCGAGGCAAUCGUAGUGGUGGAUACGGCAAUAGCUCCAGUAAUGGUUACGGAAAUCGGAAUGGAGGAUUUAGCCGCGGUUCGAAAGAUAGUUUCGGUGGCUCAAAAAUGACUAAACCUAAUUGGAGUUCCGAAUUUUUGAAACCUUUCAAGAAGGACUUCUAUUGCCCUCAUCCGAAUGUCGCCAACCGCUCUUAUCGCGAAGUUGAAGAGUACCGCAAUGCUAAAGAAAUCACAGUUCAUGGAGAUGCUCCUAAUCCAAUCCAGUACUUUGAAGAAGCCAACUUUCCUGAUUAUGUGAUGCAAGGAAUAAAAAAACAAGGAUACACAGAACCCACGGCUAUUCAAGCACAAGGAUGGCCUAUUGCAAUGAGUGGAAAAAAUAUGGUUGGCAUUGCUCAAACAGGUUCUGGCAAAACCUUAGGUUACAUACUACCUGCUAUAGUACACAUAAAUAAUCAACCUUCCAUAUCCAGAGGAGAUGGACCUAUUGCUUUAGUCUUAGCUCCUACCAGAGAACUAGCACAACAAAUUCAACAAGUAGCCACAGAAUUUGGAAGUCUUUCCUACGUGCGUAACACCUGUGUCUUUGGAGGUGCACCUAAAGGCAGUCAAGCAAGAGAUUUGGAACGAGGUGUUGAAAUUGUUAUUGCUACUCCAGGAAGACUUAUUGAUUUUCUUGAAAGUGGGCGUACCAAUCUAAAACGCUGCACUUAUCUCGUUCUUGAUGAAGCUGAUCGUAUGCUUGAUAUGGGUUUUGAACCUCAAAUUCGCAAAAUCAUUGAACAAAUCCGUCCUGACAGACAGACUUGCAUGUGGUCAGCUACUUGGCCAAAAGAAGUGAGAAAACUAGCGGAAGAUUAUCUUGGUGAUUAUGUACAAAUUAAUAUAGGAUCUUUACAGCUGUCGGCCAAUCACAAUAUUCUACAAAUUGUAGAUGUUUGUCAAGAACAUGAAAAGGAAACAAAAUUGAGCAACUUAUUACAAGAAAUUGGUAACACGCAAGAAGAGGGAGCAAAAACUAUAAUUUUUGUAGAAACCAAAAAGAAAGUUGAAAAUAUUACACGCAAUAUUCGUAGAUAUGGAUGGCCUGCAGUCUGUAUGCAUGGUGACAAGUCACAGCAAGAGAGAGAUUAUGUAUUAAGAGAAUUUAGAAGUGGAAAAAGUUCGAUUUUAGUUGCAACUGAUGUAGCUGCUCGUGGACUUGAGGCACAUGCGAGAUAAAUGUGUGUAAUACAUGUGAUAUUCCGUGAUUGG